AGAGUCUCUCCCUCUCUGUCACACACACAUAUCCCAUGCUCAACUAUUUCUGGCCAGGAUCCCAGUAACUAGAAUUAUCAAAGUGUCUGCUGGAUCCCUCGCCACUUGUUUAUCUUCCUUCUCCAUUUACAACUUGAAUAGAAGCAAGGCAGAAGCCCUGCUAAAAGUCUGGCAACAUGGCGGACACGACCUUACAGAUUAUCGAGCAACCCACCACCCCGGAGACUCCUCCGGAGGAGACCACAGAUGAACCCAACGAACCCAGUGAACCCAUCAAGGCAGACCAGAUCAAUGGGGUAAUGGUGCUAAGCCUUCUUGACAAGAUUAUAGGUGCAGUGGACCAGAUUCAGCUCACUCAGACCCAGUUGGAAGAAAGACAGCAGGAGAUGGAAAAUGUGGUUGGCAGCAUCCAAGGGGAACUUUCCAAGCUAAGCAAAUCCCACGCUACCACCAGCAACACAGCCAGUAAGAUGCUGGAGAAGGUGAGGAAGGUGAGCGUCAAUGUGAAGACGGUGAGACAGAACCUGGAAAAACAGGCAACACAAAUCAAAAAGUUGGAGUCCAACGAAUCUGAGCUUCUAAGACGCAGAAACUUCAAAGUUAUGAUUUACCAGGAUGAUGUAAAAUUGCCUUCCAAGCUCAGCAUCAGCAAAAAUCUAAAGGACACUGAAAAGCAAGACGUCGCUGAAGAAGGUCAGCAAAAUGAGAACAAGGCAGAGGAGGAGGAUGAGGACAAAAUCCAGUUAUCGUCUGAUGAGGAGGUGGAAGUAGAAGAGAUCAUUGAGGAGUCAAGGGCUGAGCGCAUCAAGAAAAGUGGAAUGCGGCGUGUAGAUGACAUAAAGAAAGUUUUCUCCAAAGAAAAAAUGGAAAAAACCAAAGUGAAGACCAAGGAGAAAAUGGAAAAAACCAAAGUGAAGACCAAAGAAAACCUGGAAAAGACCAGGCAAAACCUGGAAAAGACCAGACACAAUCUUGAGAAGAGAAUGAACAAGUUGGGAACUAAGAUUGUGACAUCAGAAAGAAAGGAGAAGAUGAAGACCUCUAGGGACAAAUUAAAAAAGUCCUUCACACCUGACCAUGUUGUUUAUGCCCGUUCUAAAACUGCCGUCUACAAAGUGCCCCCCUUCACCUUCUAUGUGAAGAAGAUCCGAGAAGGGGAGGUUGAAGUGCAAGCCACGGAGAUGGUGGAGGUUGGAGGGGAGGAUGAAGAGGAAGAAGAGGAAGGAGCUGAGCUGUUGAGAGGCGAGAGCCCUGAUCCCCACUCUCUGCUGCAAAUCACAGAGGACCCUGAUGCUGUUCUGGCUGAAAGAAGUGACAGCGACUAAGUGGUCACCAUCCUCCUUCCACGUGGACAACUCUGUUAAUAACCUUUUUUCACUUUGCAAACCAACUUUCUUUUCAUAUUCACACAUAUCUUUCCUCUUAACUUUUGCAGCUCUUAAAACACAAAGAAAAAAAUAUAUAAACCCCCCAAUCCAUGUAUAUAAUCAUCGCCCUAGCAUUACAUGGUUAACAUGGUCCCGUCACAUCCCUCCACAUAUAUCCACUGUGCAGCUACUUUCUCUUUGUUCCUUUGUUCCGUCUCUGCUCUACAGACAACAACACAGGAGACAAGCAGAGUAACACUGGUAAAAUAACAUUUGUGUAUCAUAAUCAUAGGCAAUAGUCAGGACCUCACUGUUGACCGACAUUUCUGCCUUUGCUACCGCUUUCAGAAUACAGCCACAGCCGUGACCGAUACCCAUAUAUUUAAGGAUGAGCAGUGAGGAUGGGAUAAGCAGUGUCUUGAAGUAUUGAUGGUCUUUUUUAUUACCUAAGCAAUAACAUGACUUGCCUCAAUGCUUUUUCAUCCAUAUCCCCAUAACAGGCUUCAUUAGAGCUUGGUGGGUUAAAACCUACUCAAUUAAUUUGAAGAGUUUGUAUUAUUAUCUAUAGAGAAUGGAGGCCCCUAUCUCUGUCAGUUGCUGCUUCUCAAAACCAAGGCCUUGAUAAAAGCCGUGGGGUGGGGGCAAUAGAAAGGCUGUUAGUCCCACCAUAAAUGCAACUUUGGGCUGUGCCCAACUCUUACUUCCUCCCAACUCUGUGGCUGUUUGUUUUGAGUUUUUCCUGUCUGUUUUGUACAUCACUGUCAAAUAUAUAACCCUACUCAUCAUCAAAAAACUCAUAAUAAAGAGAAGAACAAAGACUGGUGGUUUGAUAGGAGUGCAGUUAUUUAGGGAAUGGAACGAUGAAUGAUUUGCAGCAGGUUGUGGCAUGUUCUAUAAGUUCUAUAUUAAAGUAUGUUGCUGUAGGGAGUGUAGCUGAAAUGGAGUUGACACCACUCAAAUGGGUCAAGGAAGAAUUGUGAAUGGAGUUGGCGUCUUUCACAUAGUGGUUGCUCACUGUAAGCAAUGGCCUCGUAUUGCCUAUACCCAAUGUAAAGAAACACAUAUGGGAGUUAGCAAUAGGCCAUGCUUCCAAUUAAGUCUUGAGGGAGUGUCUGUAUAUUUUGCUUAAAGUAAAGCAAUAUGUUGACCUAAAAGAAACAAAUAUCAGAUAAUCAUCUUUCCAGGCAAGGAUGUAAAUGUUCCAUAAUAAAAGUGUUAAAGCCUGUAUGAUAACCGUCUCCUAAGCAAAACUGUCAUCUCCUUCAUCCAGACAAUAGAUGUACAGUUUCCAGUGCAACGUUCUUCAUCAUAUUAUGAAAUGUUUAUGGUAUAUUCUGCACUGUGGGGUUAUAUAGAAGAAAGAGGUCAUAUUUCUACAAACUAAUUUCCACUAGAACCGCAGAAAUAAGUGAUAGUCAUGUAGGUCAGUGGAACUUAAGUCUAUGGUUUACCAGCUUCAUCUCACCAGAGGCCAAAGUAAUAUGUUGGGGGUUAUAGUAGAGAGGUUGCAGGAGAGUCACACGUGCGAGUACCCUUGCUCUGUCUCUCUCUUCUUUCUUUAAUUGCAAACACAUGAGAUAAUUCUUUUCGGUAUUUAAAUACAGUAUCAUUUAGUCUUUGUCCUGGGAAGUGUAUAUGCUGAGUGCCCAACAUACACAGCAAGGAGAUCCAAACUGUUGUAAGAAUUAACAUCUGGGUGAGGGUUCUGAAGGGAAAUUAAGUGAUUCUUGGAUGAAAUUGUGGGCUGAUUGUACUGUUAUGUAUGAAUUUGGAGUAAAGGGGAUGCAAAAUGAUUGCUAUGAUAUUAGAAACAUAUUUCAACGUAAUCGCUAGUUAGUAGUUUUAGAUAAACCAUCAACAAAAGAACAAUGACUCCCCCCUUCUGUUCCAUUGUGCAGUCUUGUGCAGUCUUGGCAUCUCAGAAGAGGAGAAUGUAAGGACAGAACCAUAUCCCGGAUAUACGGCGGCAUUGAAUGACUUUGUUUUCUUCCUUUAAACUGCCUGUAAGCGCUGAACAUGAUAACAAUAAAAAUGCCAGUGGCACAGAA